UCGUCAAAAACGUGUUUCAGUUUCGCAGACCAACUUUUUUUGCGGACUAUUUAUCUAUUUCCUCUUAAGAAAAAUGAGAAACUACGUUAGAAAAACUGAAAGAGUAAAGGCCCCAUCUGAUGUAAUUGACACAGCAGUUGCAAUGGUGUUGGAUGAUGGAGAAUCAUGUUCUAGUGUGGCUAUUCUUUUUGACAUUCCAAGAAGAAGUCUUACUAGAUAUGUUGAAAAGAAGAAGAAGUCAGGUCUAGAAGAACAAAAUAUGCCCAAUAGUGUUUCUCCAACCCAUUAUGGGUAUUCAUCUGUCCGCCAGGUUUUCAACAAGGAAAAUGAGACUCUGCUAGCUGAUUACCUUCACCGUUCAGCAGAUAUUUACUUUGGAUUGUCCCCAAUUGAUGUUAGAAAGCUGGCUUAUUUAGUUGCCACAAAGCUGAAUCUAAAAAUCCCUACUUCGUGGACUGAAAAACUUUCAGCUGGACCAGACUGGUUUGCAUUAUUCUUGAAACGCCAUCCUACCCUGGCAAUAAGAAAACCAGAGGCUACUUCCCUGGCAAGAACGUCAUCAUUUAACAUCCACAAUAGUAAUUUGUUCUUUGACAAUUAUCAAAGGGUGUUGGUGAGACAGAAAAUUGGGCUUGAAUGCGUAUGGAACAUGGACGAAAUUGGUGUCACUACAGUUUCACCACCUGAGAAGAUCGUAGGUCGAAAAGGCAAGAAACAAAUUGGAGAAAGAGGGGUGUUGGUGACGGUUGUUUGUGCAGUUUCCAGCUACGGCAAUAGUAUUCCACCCUUCUUUAUCUUUCCUCGGGCCCUUUUUUUGGUAGCGCCAUAAGAAAAGCACGGCAACUGCCCAAAGUUUCGCUCGGCGAAGCGGUUACGCAUGGCGCCAGUUCCAGGGGGUAGGGAAAUGUACAUAAAGAGGGGGCGUAUUUUUUUCAUGUUAACAGUUAUGUAGUGACCCCCCUCCCCAAAAAUCUUAACACUACAGCAACUAGGUUGCUAAUAAAAAAAUAAAAACUAAACUUGCGUAGUGCCAUAAGACGCCAUGUAAAAACGGGCGAAGUUGGUACGCAGUACCAACUUCGCCGGUAGGUACUGUACUGCUUCUUCAAUUUCUUCAGCCAGUUCUUCUUCUUCUACAGCUUCAAUAAUUGAAGAACUACGACCUUUUCCAAAAGCUGGACCUCGCACAGCUCCGAAAGCAAAUAAUGGUAGAAAGAAGAGGACAUCUGCUGUACUUACGGACACUCCAAUCAAAGAUGUAAUCGAAUCUGAGAAAGCAGCUGUUAGAACCAAAGCGGCAAGAACAAUUUUUGCAUCCAAAGAACCGACCAAAACUAAAGCAAUCAAACCUAAACAAACAAGGAGAAAGAAAGAGAAGGGUGAAUCGUUCUGCCCAGAAUGUGCCGGCCGAUAUUCAACAACAAAAGAAGAUUGAAUCCGUUGUUUAAACAAUUGCGGUUUAUGGGCGUGCGAGAGCUGCGUCGACGACAGAGGAGAAGAUGACGAAAGUUAUAUUUGCUCAAAUUGCUCUAAGGCGGCUCUGUAGUAGGCCCUAUGUCGAAUGUAAGGCCAACUUGCCCCAGCUCAAAGGGCAACUUGCCCCGGCGUUGGGGUAAGUUGGCAAUUGAAAGUGUCGCAAUAAAACAGUUGUUUUGGUAAGAACUAUUUUUGUAUUGCUUAUUUUUUCGAUGCCAUCUUUUAGGCGAGAUAUUAAUUAAUAAUUUGAAACAAAAAACAAUUAAUUUCAUCAAAAAUAGGCCUGUGAGGUACCG